ACAUGGAGUCACAGCAAUACCAGUGACAACCCACUGUCUAGUACAAGGACUUCAGCAGCGACAGCAAUGCGCAACACGUAACUUCUCGAUACUCUGCCUCAUAACGUCCUUUUCCCUUGGACCCUACCACCACCAAAAGCUCUUUUUCGGAGCUGUUGGUAUAUGCUCACGUCAUCGAUGAUUAAUGUCUCGUCCGCAGACAUUUAUGUUUGUCUUUGGUGAUCAUUUCACUUAAGAGAAUGGUGGCUGUACUGGUUUCAUCUGUAUGGAAAGUGAUAGCUUGAAUUCACAAAUGAGUACCAUCCGCAAGAAAGAUGAAUAAUCACGGUCAAAGAUCAGCACCAUUCUUUCCAUGGAUUAUUUGUGCCAUGCUUUGUUAGACAACAUGAAAUAGAACCAGAGUUGUAAUGACUCAAGUCAAUGGCUUGACUCGAGUCCUGAUGGGUAAAUGACUGGAGUCUUUGUGACCAUGACUUGACUUGUGAUUCUCUCAUGGAGACUCAACAAGCUUAUAUGUACAAGCUUAUAAGACUCAAGUCUCAGCAAAAUAAAAAGCAUAAUUUUUUGGGGUGAAAAAAAAUAUUUGAGAUUGGACUCACGGUGCUGCUCUUAUAGCGAUUGAGAAUACGUCGUACAGGAUGUAAUACAUAGCAUGUGGCACAGCGCGCCUGUCUUUUUUCUGCCUUCAUGCAUGGAAAGCAUACCAAAAAAUAACUUACAUGUGCAUGUAGUUGCAUUUUUAUUAUAUUCUGAUCCAAAAUUUGUGAGUCAAAUUGACUCGAGCUUGGUACUUGACUCGACUACACAGUGACUCGACUUCUUGACCUGACUCGAGUUGACUCGCAUCACAAUGUUAAAAUGACUCGACUGGACUCGAGUCACCAAAUUUAGUGACUCGUUACAACACUGAGCAGAACUAGGAAAUACAAACUAUAGAAUAUGAAAUCAAGUCAGUCUGAAAUGGUUGAUCUUAUGCUUGAUCACAUGAAAUUUAAACUCCAAUGAAAUCUGGUUGCUUUUCCGUUGUAUUGGGUAAACAUUCACAAUCUUCAUUAAUAUUUGCACAGUACCUGCAAUGAGUUCGCAUUUUGAGGGGCCAGGACUUGCAUUGCACUGCGUCACCGUAUUGUGAGUUGAGUUAUACUGCACAAUUCAGUAACUGAAUUUGUCGGCCAGAUUCCACAUGGAAGUGUAUUAAACUGAGAAUAUGUGCUGAAAAGUCCUCAUUGAUCACAAUUCUCUGUGCCACUCCCCAUCUUUGGUGAUAAUUUUGCGGCAGAAGAAAGGUCAAUUUCAUCUUUAAUUAUCAGCACUUACAUGUGAAAUGCAUUGUCUUUACCACUUGUGGUGGUCAUGGUACUUUAAUGACGGGGCAGUUCUUCCAAAAUGUUUGGAUAUAAGCUUGGAUAUUUUCAUUAAAAGUUCUUCUCAAAGGUGAGGCUUUCAAAAUUAAUUUCUUAUCCAGAAGCAUCAGGACACUGCACUCCUGCUUAACAAAAGAGUGCACUGAAUAAAAAAAAACAUCCUUUGAAAAUCGGUUGUCAUUUUUGGACAAAGAGAGAAGAGCCUACAAAAUUUGUCAAGUUAUGAUAAGCACAACGAGUCACUCCCAGGUUUUGAAUAUACUGAGAGCAUGUUUAUACAUGGGUGCAUUUGAAAUUUCUUUAAGGCUACACAUUCUGCUGAAAAUGCUCAUUUGCAGUCUUAUAAAAGGAGAAAUUACGCACGCUACAACAAACAAAUGUUAGUUAUGUAUGCCCAAGGCUAUAUAAUCAUAGGCAUUUUGCGGAGUGUCCAUGUAGAGAGCUGAUGAUAUUGCAUUGCCGGUGCACUAUUUCAUAAGCGUUAUCUCAGCCUAACCUCUCAGAACACCGAAACAUCGUUCAGAUGGAUGCUCGUCUCCGAUUUCUGCAAAUAGGUAUUGGGAGUGCUGGCGUCUUGGGUAACUCUGUCGUCUGCGCCGUCAUAGGUAGGGUACCGGCCAUGAGGACCGUGACCAAUGCGUUCAUCUUCAACCAGGCGCUUGCUGAUUUCCUUGGCUCGCUGUUCAUGAUUCUUUACACCGAAGUCAAAGCACCGGCAGUUCUGCACAGCAACACCGUGGUGGCCACUGCCCAGUGUUACAUUUGGCACUCAAAAGUCAUUCUCUGGGUUCUUUACACCACCUCUACUCUGAAUCUCGUCGCGCUAACGCUAGAGCGCUACGUCGCCAUUGUGUUCCCAUUCAAAUAUGUGACGUAUUUUGGCAGGAAACAGGCGACAGUGUUGCUGAGUGCCGUUUGGUUGUUAGCAGUUGGCUACAAAGUGACCAACAGCCUCUACUACCAAAUAGUUGAUCGUGCCUGCGUGUACGCCCACCUGACGGCGGUAGCGAGCAUGGUGUGGGGAGUUGUUGCCUUUCUUGUCGAAUAUCUGAUGCCGUUGAUUUUCAUGACAGCCUGUUAUGUCCAUAUCGCUGUUAAGCUCAAGAAAGCCUCCAUGUUGGUCCACACCCGGCCAGCAAGUGCCCAGAGAGGGGAGUGUGUGAGCGGCUCCCUGCUUCGCGCCCGACGUAACACGCUGAAAACCCUCUUCACUGUCUUUGUGACGUACGCCAUCUGCUGGUCUCCCAAUCAGAUUGCAUUCCUCAUGUUCAAUUUCGGGUUUCUGCCCGAAAUGAGUGGCACUUUUUACUUCUUCUCAGUGGCACUAGUCCAGCUGAAUUGUUGCAUAAAUCCCAUCAUCUACGCCUUCAAGUACAAACAGUUCCAGACUGGUGUCAGAGUUGUGCUAAAACCCUGUUGCCAGAGACUUACACCCAGCCACAAGAAUGAGUUACCAACAGUAGCCCGAAGUCACAACGAUCGCGCCUAAGCACAAUCAAGAUACACUGACUGGUCUUUUUCUAAAAAUGUACAACACAAAGUUGGACUGCAAAAAGGGCUCUUUGACAGCUGUGAUUAUGUAAACCAAAUGAAUAAAACAAAGAUAUUCACAUGUAAAUCAUUAAAAUACAUGUACCCAAGAUUACAGUGGCAAGUCAUUUGGUCCUUGAUUUUUUUGUUUUUGUGCAAGCUGCCUCCUACCUUCAUUUAACUGAAAGGCAACUUGAUUGCUCACAAUUUGUAAAGUUAAAAGAAGAAAAACAAGCCUUUAUUUUCUUUAGAGAGCAUUUUUCUCCUAAUUUGUGAUUGUCUAUAAUGUCAUCAGAGAUAAAUGUCUGGGCAUCCAAAUGGUGGUUACCCACAUCUGUUUAAAAUUGUCAAGUGUCCUCAGGAAAGGUUUUGACAUGUUAAUCCACUACCUUUCAUACUCAGUCAUCACGAUUCUGUAGAGUUGGGAAAUGCAUAAGUGUCAGAGUAAUGCUAAUUUUUAUGGCACUGCUAUUUUUGAGUGUUGUAAAGGUGGAUGGUGGUACCAAUUAAAAGUAUUUUAAUGGCCUAUGGUCUGACGAUAUCUUUUUAUGUGGACGUCAGUGAUAAUAUUGAGAUAUUUGAUUUUGUAAUUUUUUUUGACAAUGUGUGGUACUUGAUACUGAAAAAUGAAUUCACAAUCUAAAACACCUGUUCAGUGUUCUGAACAGCUGCUUAUGAAAGAAAGGGUUUAGAUAUGACAUGGUUUAGAAAUGAAAGGGUUUAGAAAUGGUUUAGAAUGAGACAAGCUAGGGACUUGAAAAAUGUUUCUCCUUUCUACUUGUUCCAUUUAUUCAGAAACUGAAAUGCCAAUUAUGGUUUUGUCAAUGGAUUUAUCUUGUUCAGGCACAGGCUGUUCAUCACAGAGCAUAUGAGAAUAAUUACAGAGGAUGAUUGUAGUAAAGACAGCAUCGUUCUGGUCAUUCUGAAACACUGCUCCUUUAUCAGUGUUUCCUAGGGACCAAAUGGACCGUUAGUUUGUUUGAUAUGGAACGAAUCACAUCAAACAAAAGCUGGGAAAAAAUCAAUUUGAUAUCAUUCAAAACGAUGUCUUUUGUGAGGCUCUUAAAUGCUCUAUCAGUGUUGUAGUCGCGACCGCUACAAGACCGGUGACAAGGCUAGUGGCAAGACCAAUCACAAGACUAGACACAGGACCAGUAACAAGACCAAUCACAAGACUAGACACAGGACCAGUGACAAGACCAAUCACAAGACUAGACACAGGACCAGUGACAAGACCAAUCACAAGACCAGUCACAAGACUUGACACAGGCCCAUUGACGAGACCAAUCACAAGUAUGUGAACAAUAACAAAGGAAUGCUUUCAUUGAGGUUCACCUGAAUUAAGCUUUAGGCUUGAAUUUGACUGGAGGUCUUGUGAUGGUGUUCUGACAGUCGUAGGGGGACUUAACUACAACACUUUGCACUUUAUAAUUAUAAUAUGCAGCUGCCAGUGUUGUAGUCGAGACCACUUAAGACCUUCACAAGACCAACACAAGACCAGUCUGAGUUCAAGUCAUAAGC